UGCAUUUGUAGUCCUGCCCUUCACUGUGUGUUAGACUAUUAAAGUGGAAGAAAUUGUGUUGUUGAUCCAUAGUAAAAAAAACCACCUGUGUGAAAUACAAUUUUGUAAAAUGAGAAGUAUUUUGGUUCUUUGGACAAUUAAUGCUCUGCCACUCCUCUGUGCUGGCAUGAACAUCAGGCUUGUCAAUGGGACCAGCAAGUGUUCUGGUAGAGUUGAGCUGUUGCAUAAGGACCAGUGGGGAACCGUGUGUGAUAAUGGAUGGGAUUUGACCGAUGCCGAAGUCGUCUGCAGACAGCUGGGCUGUGACAAUGCCAUCUCUGCACCAGGACAAGCCCACUUUGGAAAAGGCAGUGGACUGAUCUGGAUGGAUAAUGUAGUUUGCAAAGGAAAUGAAUCAUCCUUGGCACUCUGCGAACAUAAUGAACUAGGACAGCAUAGCUGUGAUGCAGGAGAGGAUGCUGGGGUAGUCUGCUCAGUUUUAGAUGCCAACAUCAGGCUUGUCAAUGGGAAGAACAAUUGUUCUGGCAGAGUGGAGUUGUUGCAUAUGGACCAAUGGGGAACUGUCUGUGAUGAUGGAUGGGAUUUAAGAGAUGCUGACGUUGUCUGCAGACAGUUGGGCUGUGGAUUUGCUAUCUCAGCACCAGGAAAUGCCCACUUUGGAAGAGGCAGUGGACAGAUUUGGAUGGAUGAUGUGUCUUGUAGCGGGCGUGAGUCAUCACUGUUGAUGUGUGGUAAUAAUGGCCUGGGAAGGCAUAAUUGUCAAUCAUAUGAGGAUGCUGGAGUCAUUUGUUCAGGUGCAGGCAUCAACAUCAGACUUGUCAAUGGAACCAACAAGUGUUCUGGAAGAGUGGAGCUGUUGCAUAAUAACCAGUGGGGAACCGUGUGUGAUGAUGGAUGGGAUUUGACCGAUGCUGAAGUUGUCUGCAGACAGCUCGACUGUGGCUAUGCUAUCUCUGCGCCAGGAAAUGCCUACUUUGGCAAAGGCAAUGUACAGAUCUGGAUGGAUGAUACAGUUUGCAAUGGAAAUGAGUUGUCCUUGAUGUCCUGUAAUCAUAAUGUACUGGGAGAGCAUGACUGUGGUCCAGGAGAGGAUGCUGGGGUAAUAUGUUCAGGUGUCUGCACCAGCAUCAGGCUUGUCAAUGGGACCAACGAGUGUUCUGGGAGAGUUGAGUUGUUGCAUAUGGACCAAUGGGGAACCGUGUGUGAUGAUGGAUGGGAUAUAACUGAUGCUGAAGUUGUCUGCAGACAGCUGGGCUGUGGCUAUGCCAUCUCUGCACCAGGGAAUGCUCACUUUGGAAAAGGCAGCGGACAGAUUUGGAUGGAUGAAACAGUUUGCAGAGGGAAUGAGUCAUCACUGUUGAUAUGUGAACAUAAUGGCCUGGGAAAGCAUAACUGUGGUCCACAAGAAGAUGCUGGGGUAAUUUGUUCAGGAUCAUAAGGAAAAUGAUGAAGGAAUUUUAAUGCUGAGCAAUGCCUACCUUACUUCUUCAUUGAUUAUAUACUGCACCUCCUUCCUAAAGAUUUUCAUAUCAAAUCUGAAAAUUCCAAGUAUCAUUGAAUUAUCCAGUCUUAAAUUUUGUGAUUCUGUUUUGACUAAUUCAUUUAAUAGAAAAGUUUUUAUUUCUGCUGUGUUUCAUGCAAAAUGCUAAAGAAUAAAGUGUAUCACAUAUUUGCAACUUGUAGCAAAGCUCAGUUUUUCCAGGUAACCCAUAAAGUGCUCUAGUAAUUAAAAAGUCAUUAUGGAUGGGAGUGGUGAAAAUAUUUUGCCAGAUAAUAUAAUUUAUUAAUGUUGAUUUUACAUUCUCUAGGUUUCUUUUCAUUAGUGGAAGAGUGGCACGUAUUUGUGCUUUGAGAACUAUGAAUUGUGCAAACAUUACUUUUAAUUAAACCCAUGCCCAUCACAUAAUA